AUGGUGGAGGAGUAUCAAUUGUUAAAACAUAAAGCUGCCGGUCAUGAUGGUACUCUAACAGAUGCAGACGGUCUGCUGGUCUUUAAAUUGACUAAUGAUAAGGAAAUUGAGUUUUAUAGGUCUAUUCAAGAGGAUCAUUUUAAAAAAAAUUACAUAGAUGAUGAGGAUGAUGAGGAUAAGGAUGAGGAUGACAAUAAUGAAAUUGAGAUGACUUUAGCAUCGUGGAUGCCCUCUUUUGUUGGCAUUUUGGAAGAGGGCAUCAAUAAGAAAAACGUUGAUGGUAUUGUAAAUGCAAAAGAUUUUGCAAAAUUUAAAUUAAACAAUUUGGAUUUGGAAAAUAAUAAUGCUAAUGAUGAUAAUAAUAGCAAUAGCAAUGGCAAAAAAUAUAUAGUUUUAGAAAAUUUACUAAAAGGCUUCAAUAAACCAAACAUUAUGGAUAUUAAGUUGGGUAAGAUUUUAUAUGAUGAUGAUGCCACUGAAGAGAAAAGGAAAAGAUUACAAGAGGUAAGUGAUAACACUACUUCAGGCUCAUUGGGUUUCAGAAUAUGUGGUAUGAAAGUACAAUCAAACUCUAGAAUUAAAUCUUCGCUGGACCCAAAUCAUUUUGAAGUUGAAGAUGAUGGUGAUUAUAUUUUUGUUAAUAAACUGUUUGGAAGAACCAGAUCGAAUUCAAAUAUCUCAAUUGCAAUAGAUGAUUUCUUGAAUAAUGACCAAUUAUCGACUGAAAGGAUAUCUCUUAUAAAGGAAAAUUUUUGGAUAAGAUUGCAAAUACUAUACAAUUUAUUACUCGACCAAGAAAUAAGAAUGAUCUCAAGCAGUUUACUAUUCAUAUAUGAAGGUGACCCAAAUAGAUGGGAUGAACUCAAGGAUGAGGAUCAAAUAAUAAGGAACUACUUCAUAGAUUAUGAUGAUGAGGAUGAUGAUGAUUAUGAUGAUGACGACAAUGAUAAUGAAAAACUUGCUGCUCCUUUAAGCUCUAUGUCUCUAAUAGAUUUUGCACACUCAAGAUUUGUACCGGGUGAAAGCUAUGAUGAAAAUGUUGUAUCUGGUGUCGAAAACCUUCUGUCAAUCUUUGAAAAUUUAAAAUCUGAACAUAAAAAAUAA